UCGAGCUAAAGAAUUUCUCCUGGGAUUUCGAGUUCGAAUCAAUUGUAUAUAUAUCCACGUCCAAAUUUUGGAAUCACUCAGACUUCGGAGACAUUUGACGUGGAAUAACUGGAUUUACGGUGAGAAUCUGUGGAAAAAACGAGAGGGAAAGACUCGUACCCAAGAAAUAUCACUUUGAAGCUGGUAGUCUCAGUUGUUAGGGAUUGACAAGACAGGCUUGCAGAAAUUCAAAUUAUGGAGGAAACCAUUGCAAAUACAAGUAGUAUCGACUUGACCGUUAGUGGCAACGGACAUCACACGAGAGACGUCGAGGAACUUCUUUUACAAAUUGUCCAGGAUAUAGGAGGGGGAGGAGAACUGCCUUUGGAACUCCUAGACCGGAUUGUGUGUCAACGCACAGGUCACACCAUAUCAACCUUGGUGGAUUGUGGUGAAAGAGAUGUCCUGGAAUGUAUACAGAGUAAUCUUUCUCCUCAGAGCUCCUUGAUAGUCAGCCUUGAAAACCGUUUGUUAUCUGUCAAACGCGUGGAACAAAUACUUAACUGCUGCGCUGAAUCGGAUGUAUCUUUAGAAAUGGUCAACAAAGGCACCACAACACUCGAUCUUUCAAGGCGCUGUGUUUCAUCGAAUGAGCUGUUGGAAACAUGCAAGCCUGCAAGAAUGUUGAGGCACCUCAUUCUCAACGAUAUCCAAAUUCAGCCUGGUAGCAAGGAACCACUGGCAUUUUCACUAAUUGAGAGGAUUAAGUGGUAUUGUCCGGCUCUUAAAAAAGUAGAAACAACUGGUUGCUCCCAAGCCGUUUACGAAGAGCUUUUUCAGAAUGGGAAGAAUGCUCACCCAAGUGCAUUUGGUGUGAAGGUGGAAGACCUUCUAGAAACAAAACCUGAGGUAAAGGAACUCCUUGAUCCUUUACUUGCCAAAAGGGAAGUGGCUGAUAUUGCCAACAGAAUAAAAGCGCUGGUUCAGGAGGGCGUUCCAGCCAACAUAACCUUUGAUGGCUGGUCUCUGCUACAUACUGCCGUAGUUAUUGGCGAUAAAGACUUAGUGACCUGGCUGCUCAAAAGAAGUAGCAGUUUCAAAUUUCGCCUGAAAAACUCUACUAGGCCAACAGCCUUAGAAGUUGCGAUACGCUGUCACAAUGAAGCUAUUGUGGCAGAGCUGUUAGGCGCAACUGAUGUUGUUGAUCCUGCUUGGCUUGCGUGUAUCUGUUUCUCAGAACAGUUUCCAAAGGUAAACGAACGUGGUGUACGUGAAAGACAUCAUCAUGAGUGUAAUCCACUUCAAGUUGCAGGGCUGUUUUUAGAUGAAACUAAAACCUUGGAAUUCAAGACGACGUUCCUCAUCCAGAUUAUCAUAGAAUUCCAAAUAAUAACACCAAGGGAACUUAGAGAAAAAACGUGUUGGACGGAAGAGUACUUGGCGGAGAUGCUAAAGCAUUUGGUUUCUGCGGGCUGUUCGCUGAAUGUACCCAUUAAAGAUCUUGGUAGGAAGACUCCGCUAAUGUGCACAGUGUCGAGCCCAGUUUUGUUGAAGACCCUGGUAGAUCUUGGAGCCGAUAUCCAUGCCACUGACGAAAUGGGUAACACAGCGUUGUUUUACGCCGUAGCUGAUGCAACGGUUGAAACAAGAAACGAACACAUCGAAACUACCAAACUCCUUCUGGAAAACAAGGCUGAACCAAAUGUUAUAAACAAACACGGACAGACCUCUAUUCUAUUCGAUGCCUCCAAAGAAAGGUCAAACAAGCAGCUUGAAGAGUUUUUUUCUGGGUAUAAAUUGCCUAUUUGGAAUCUUCUUAUCCAAUCAGGAGCUAAACUCACUACCACAAACACUGAGGACCGCAAAUCUCUGUUACAUCUUGCCGUAGAGCACUCAAAAGAGUACUUGGAAAAAUAUCAAGGCCGUUCAGAUCCAGGAAUUAUAGAACCACGCUGUGCCGCCAACUGGUGCGUUCAAAUAAUCAAGUUUGUUUCAGAACAUGAUGAAAAGCUGUUGAUGUCAUUGGAUAUGUCUGGAAAUACUGCUCUUCACCUAUGGGCUGGUCAUUAUUCUCGUCACGCCCCUGAGAUGGAAGCUAUUGGACAAGCUCUUAUUGAAGUGGGCAGCAAUGUCAAAGUGAGGAAUCACCAAGGAAAGACUCCCUUACACUUAGCUAAAUUGUGGAGCGUGGCUGAAUUUCUUCUGAAACAGAGAUCUAAGCCCAACGUCACUGACUAUAACGACCGCACUCCCUUACUAUGCAAAUGUAUCGAAGCUAACCAGGAACCAUCACCGAGAUUGGAAGAGGUCAGCUCAUGGGCACAAGGUAUAAACCUUGGAAUGGACCCGUGGAAGGAGGACAAGGUUGGCCAGAACGUUUUCAAAGUUUUGAUAAAGAACAGUUGUUUCCUCGAUUUAGAACGUUUUAUUGAUGUGGCCAUUAACACUAACAGAGAAAGCAUUUUCCGAACGGACAACAGGGGUAAUACCCUUUUGCAUCUUUUAUGUAAUUGCAACAACUCGAGAGUACUACCUCUGAUUGACCUUGUUCUGAAGUUUGGAGUUAAAGUGGAUGCUCAGAACAAAGAAGGAGACACGGGGCUCCACAUUGCUUGCAGAAAAGAAAUGCACCUUCCUCCACGCAAAGGAAACAUUUCUGUUCAUAAGAGGGUCAUUCUUAAGGUUCUUGCUUAUGGAGCGCGUAGUGACUUGAAAAACAAAAAAAAUACCUCUGCUAGAAACUUGGUGUGGUUGAACAAACGAUUGCUUGCAAUGCUGAAAAAUGAUAGACAGCGAAAACAACCUUUACAUAUGUAUCCAUGGGUUUCACAGUCCAGCAACCAUAAAGAACGACUCUCUAUGGUCGCAAGAGGGCAGGAUGUUCGUAAGAUUGACAACUACUCUUACAGUGGUCCUAUUGGCUCUGGUGCGUCAAGUAUGGUGUUUGCGGCCAUCAAUGUUCUUGACGGUAGAGAAGUCGCCCUAAAGAGAAUUGAGACGCGCAGCCCAACAACGAGGCAAGCCGAUAGAGAAAUGAACAGUCUGUUGCAAUUAUCCAAUUCGGAUCAUAUUGUUCAGUAUUUCAACAUCAUUUCGGACACAGACUUUACUUGGAUCGUUUUAGAGCUGAUGGAAGGCACACUUAAUGACCUGUCUUUAUUAAAUUCCUCUGUGACUAAACUCAGCAAGGAUGUUUUGCAAGGAAUGGAGUACCUUCAUAGAAACAACAUCCUACAUCGAGACCUAAAGCCGGGUAACGUCCUGUACACCACUAAGCCUAGGCUUCGUCUGAAAAUCAGCGACUUUGGACUGAGUAAGAGGGUUGAUGGUGGAGAGGGAUCCAGCGUUCUCCAUAGCAAUGCUGGCACCAGAGUUUGGAUGGCCCCAGAGCUAUUGUCGUCUAGUGGACAUCCCCAACACAGUUUUGCGUCGGACAUCUUCUCUCUCGGUCUUGUGUUGCAUUUUAUUCUCGCUAACAAGCGUCAUCCAUUCACCAUAGGGGCAAGUGGCCUCCCAAAUUCAUUAGCUGAGUGCAACAUCGUGGAGACCAACAUCACAACUGGCCGCUUGACCUUAAGUCCGGAUCUUUCCGACGAAGGCAAGGACCUCCUGGAAAUGGUGUUAACAGGCAACAGAGAUGAGCGACCGAAUGCCUUAGCGGCCCUAAAGCAUCCGCUUUUUUGGAUUGAUGAGACAAAGAUUGCAUUUAUUACUGCCGUGGCCAAUCAAAAGGAAAUUGGCGAGUACGGCAGAGCAGCCCCAUCUCUUGUUGAAAAAGAAAUUGAACGUAAAGUAGGGACCAUGCUCUCCAGUAAAUGGGAUCGAUUAUUCCCGACACUAUAUGCCGAAUUGACAUCGAGCGGCAGAGGAAGAAGGUACGACACAAAAUCAGGAGUACAUCUGAUCAGAUUCAUGAGGAAUGCCUACGCUCAUGUGUCUGAUCGAACCCGUUCAACUGAAUUUCAAAAACAGUUACUGACGGAUCGAAUAUUUUUAACCACAUUGCCGAAACUUUUUAUGAUAGUGUUUAACGCAGUAAAGCAUGGAAAUUGGCAUGACUCCCGAGCAGAAAUUUCCAAGGUUUUCAAUGGUUAAAUGCACUGAACCCUGCUGUGAUGGAUUGCCAAACAAUGAUAACAACUGUCCUUCCGUCCUCAAAGAAGAGAACAGAAAAAAGCAAACAACUGUUUCAGUUUUCUCAAGAGAACUCAAAUUAACCUAGUGACUAGCGACACUUGGGUGUCGAAAACAUAGCAAUGUAGGCCAAGUUAUAAGUUAUUUCGUUGACCAGAAAUCAACACAAGUUUUACAAAAACUUUUGACAUUCAAGCAAACAUCUCUUUUAAGAUCUAAGUGCAUCAUUUCUUUACGUUUCGAUAAUCCCGUGUCAGCGACCGAGUUUGUUUUGCUCUUUCUCAUGCAGUUUCUUUGCGUGUUUUUUAGGUGUUGAUUUUCACUACAACGUUGGUCUCGUAUUUAAGUUCGUCUUCGUCAGUGCCCUUCUAGGUUUCAGUUUCUCCAGUUGUCUUUUUGCCUUUGUUGGUGCCUUUAAGUUUUUUUCAAGUAUUUUUCCUGUGAAUAAUUUACGAAUACAACUGUAUAACAAGUGGGCAGCAAAGUUUUCUUUUCGUUGAGGUUGGCCCACAACGCCGAUUUUAAUUACAGGGUUCGUACAAAGUCUUGAAUUCUUGAAAAAGUCUGGAAAUUUGCGAACUACUUUUCCAAACCUGGAAAAAGUACGGAAAUUAAAGGCAAAGUCUUGAAAAAUGGGAUUAAGUCUGGAAUUUUUCUGAAGGAACAACAGGUGUUUAAAAGCUAGCUGAAA